AUGAAUGUUGAAAAUAGUAAUUCUGAUGACUGCAUAUUCAUGAAGUCAGAAAAUCUAAAAAAAGAAGAAGAAGAAACAUCAACGCAAGCUAAAUCGAAUGAAGAACCAAAACAUCUUAAUAAAGAUUCAUUAACAAAACAAUUUGACAAUACAGUAUACGUUCCACUGGAUAUUGCAAACACAUUCAAAGUUAAAUUUCUUCCAUGUAACAGCUUUUUAGACUUAUCUAUAAGAUACCGAUCUUUAUUUCUCAAAAGUAACGACAAUAACUCAUCAUCAUUAAACAAUCGUUUCCGAAUAAUUUACAUCGGUAACAGUUUAGUUCACUUAUUAUCUGAUCUGCAUAAAAGAGAAAGUAAAAAAGACAAUGGAUUACAUUCCAAAUUGAAUAGUAAUCUAGAUGCAGAAGAAUGUAACGGUAAAUUAGAGGACAAGAAAGUUAUAUCCAAUGAAAGCACUUUAGAAAAUGAUUUAUUUAAUACUGAUACAUUCAAUGUUUCAUUCACUGAUCUUUUGGAAGAUGAAGCAUUGCUAAUUGUAGAAUCUAUUCUGUAUAUAGUGGAGGUUAGGUCCGAACAAAUCAAAGCGUAUUGUGAAAAUGUUAAACAAAUGGCUUGUGAUCUUGGUUUCGAGUCUAUUAAAGAAAUAAAACCAAUGGAGGAUCAUCAUUUAUAUUUUCGAUUUAGACGGAAAUUACAAUAA